AUGGCCUGGGCUGAGCAUCCUUGCUGGGCGUCUAUAAACAGGGGGAUUCUGAUCUGUGACGAGUGCUGUAGUGUUCAUCGAAGUUUGGGGCGUCAUAUCUCUCAAGUAAGACAUCUCAAGCAUACACCAUGGCCUCCAACACUGCUGCAGAUGGUUGAAACACUGUAUAAUAAUGGUGCUAACUCCAUAUGGGAACAUUCGUUGCUGGACCCUGCCUCUGUUAUGAGUGGAAGGCGCAAAGCUAGCCCACAGGAUAAAGUGCAUCCCAAUAAAGCAGAAUUCAUUAGAGCUAAAUAUCAAAUGUUAGCAUUUGUUCACCGCUUGCCAUGCCGUGAAGAUGACAGUGUUACUGCCAAAGAUCUUAGUAAGCAACUCCAUUCCAGUGUAAGGACAGGGAAUCUGGAGACGUGUCUGCGAUUACUCUCCUUAGGAGCUCAAGCCAACUUCUUCCAUCCUGAGAAAGGAAACACCCCACUCCACGUUGCUGCUAAGGCAGGACAGACUUUACAAGCGGAAUUAUUAGCGGUUUAUGGUGCUGAUCCUGGCACGCAAGAUUCCAAUGGAAAAACUCCAGUUGACUAUGCAAGACAAGGUGGGCAUCAUGAACUGGCAGAGCGCCUGGUGGAAAUUCAGUAUGAACUCACAGACAGGUUAGCUUUCUAUCUCUGUGGCAGGAAACCAGAGCAUAAAAAUGGACAGCACUUUGUUAUACCUCAGAUGGCAGACAGCAGUCUGGAUUUAUCAGAACUUGCAAAAGCAGCUAAGAAGAAGCUUCAGUCUCUGAGCAACCACUUAUUUGAAGAACUUGCCAUGGAUGUAUAUGAUGAAGUUGACAGAAGGGAAACAGAUGCAGUUUGGCUUGCUACUCAGAAUCAUAGUACGCUUGUGACAGAGACCACAGUGGUCCCUUUUCUUCCUGUAAAUCCUGAAUAUUCCUCAACCAGGAAUCAGGGAAGACAGAAACUGGCUCGGUUUAAUGCCCAUGAAUUUGCUACGCUAGUUAUAGAUAUUUUAAGCGAUGCCAAACGAAGACAACAGGGGAAUCCUCUCACUGGUUCAAAAGAAAAUGUGGAACUGAUACUCAAAUCAAUCAGCAAUCAACAUAGUAGUGAAAGUCAGGAUAAUGACCAGCCUGAUUAUGACAGUGUUGCUUCAGAUGAAGAUACAGAUCUUGAAACAAAUGCAGCUAAAUCAAACAGACAGAAGAGCCUGGAUUCAGACUUGUCAGACGGACCAGUGACAGCCCAAGAAUAUAUGCAAGUUAAAAAUGCAUUGGUGGCUUCGGAGGUAAAGAUUCAGCAGUUAAUGAAAGUGAACAUCAACUUGAGUGAUGAGCUGAGAAUCAUGCAGAAAAAGCUUCAAACGCUACAGAGUGAAAAUACCAACCUCAGAAGACAGGCCACAACCAAUAUAUAUCAGGUCCAAACUGGUUCUGAAUACACAGACCCCACCAACAAUUCUUCUUUAAAGCGGCGACCAUCUGCACGGGGUAGCAGACCCAUGUCUAUGUAUGAGACUGGAUCAGGUCAGAAACCCUACCUCCCCAUGGGAGAGGUCACAUACCCAGAAGAAAGCAUAACAAGACUGCAGCCUUUCCCUCCACAUAUCGGGAGGAGUGCGUUUGUGACCUCCUCUUCAUCUCUACCUUCCUUCCCCUCCACGCUUUCCUGGUCAAGGGAUGAAAGCACACGAAGGGCCUCGAAGCUGGAGAAGCAGAGCAGCGUGUCUGAGAGCGACUAUGAUAACCCCACCACCCCCUUGGAGCUGGAGGAGACGGGGUCAGGCAGGAAGGGCCGGCAGAGGAGCGUCAUUUGGCAGGGGGAGGGAUCUAUCCCUGAAGACGCCGACACAGCUCCCAGCUCCAGUUUGCCCAGUACAGAAGAUGUGAUUCGGAAAACUGAGCAGAUCACGAAGAAUAUUCAGGAGUUGCUGCGAGCAGCGCAAGAGAACAAACAUGACAGCUAUAUACCCUGCUCCGAGAGAAUACAUGUGGCAGUAACGGAAAUGGCAGCCUUGUUCCCAAAAAAACCCAAAUCUGAACUGGUAAGGACUUCUUUGCGUCUGCUGACAUCUAGUGCCUACAGACUCCAAUCCGAGUGCAAAAAAACCCUGCCCGUGGAGACGUGCCCUACCACGGACAUCCAGCUGGUCACGCAGCAAGUUAUCCAGUGCGCCUACGACAUCGCCAAGGCUGCGAAACAGCUGGUUACCAUCACAACCAAAGAGAACAACAACUGAGUCACACUUGGCUUUUUAGUCUUGUUUUUUAAAGGUUGAAUUUCAAAUAUAGGUGUGGAACUAUUUGAAUUUUUAUGAGAAAAACUAAAGGGGCAAGAAACUUUUUUUAAAACUCAGUAUUAUUUUUGCAUGUUUUCUAACAAUUUUAUGAUUAAUUUAACCCACUGCCUUAUUUUGUGCCUGUGUUGCCAGUUUAGUUACAGAUAAUAGCAUGUCGCGAAUAGCUGCCGAGCCAUUAUCACGUACCAGCCUCGUAUCAAGGUCUUGCUAGACAUUUCCUUGGGGCCACGUUCUGCUUUCAGAUAUUGCUUGCAAAACUCCGGUGGAAGUCAGCUGCGCGUAUCAGAGGGCAGAAUCUCGCUUCUGCUCUGUCCGGCCUGGAGCCUCACGUGCUGUGAUGCCGCUGGCUGAGCAACCCGCGGCGAAACAGGCUCUGAAGGCGCCAGGGCCAUAACUGCUCCCCAGCAGGAAGAAGGCUGUAGUCCCGGUAACGGAGUACGAGCCGAAUAUUAUCUGUUCCCAUAUCAACUGUUGUGCAAUAAUAUGUUUUUAGUCUGCUAAAACAAUAGUAGUUGUGGGCAUCCGAGCUUAUUACAUGUAACUGUACCAGGUCUUUGUCACUUUAUCUGUU